UGCUGCAGCGAGCGAGAAGAUGGAGGAGCUUGGUGUGGGCAGCGUCCUGCUCACCGGCUGCGACGGGGGCCUGGGCCUGGGGCUGCUGAAGGGCUUGUUGGAGCAGCACAGACCCCCUCAGCACCUCUUUGCUGCUUGCCUGGACCCCCAGGGGAAGGCUAUCAAUGAGGUGGCUUUGGGCAACCCCAGCGUCAUGGUCCUGCCUCUAGACGUGACAGAUCCCAACAGCAUCAAGGCAGCUGUCAGGAAGGUGAAGGAGAAGGUGGGAAGCGCCGGCCUCAACCUCCUGAUCAACAAUGCCAGCACCACACGGAGCAGCACGCUGGCCACUGAGACAGCAGAGAACAUGACCCUUGUUUACACCACCAACACCAUUGGCCCCCUGCAGACCAGCCAGGCAUUCCUGCCCCUGCUGAAGGAGGCGGCUGAGGCUGAAGGGCAGCAUGAGAUGAGCUGCAGCAGAGCUGCCAUCAUCAACAUCUCCAGCAUCCUGGGCUCCAUUGAGGCAGGGGAGGCUUGGGAGGAGCGGCAAGACAUCUGCUACCGCUGCAGCAAGGCUGCUCUGAACAUGCUCACAAAGUGCCUGGCCCUGGAGUAUGGGGGCAGAGGGAUCCUCUGUGUGUCCGUGGACCCUGGUUGUGUGACGCCUCCCCUGGGACAGGGGAUGGGCCCGGUGACGAUGGAGGAGAGUGUGCAGGGCAUCCUGCGGUUGCUGGCACGGCUCUCAGACACCAGCAAUGGCACCUUCUGGGACUGGAGGGGGCAGAGCCUGCCCUGGUGAGAGCAGCACCCGGUCUUGGUGGCCACUGAUCUCAAUAAAACGAAUUA